AUAGCCCUUUGGGUUUUGGCGGAUUUUCGGAUGCUCGCAGUAACUGCAUGUUGAAGCUUAUUUUCCUAAAUCCAGAGAAAAGGACGAACCAGUUUUAAAAAUUAAAUUCAGUUAAAUAUUAUCAACAUGGAAUUAAAAGUUCCAUCUGAUACCUAUAUGACACAGCAUCAACAACAGCAGCAUCUAUCACACGCUCGCUCAUGGUUACAACAUAUAGGCAGCCAAAGUAUAGAUCGUGCUCCAUUCUUCGUAAGACAUACUACGUUAGUUUGUACACUGGGUGACCUCUGGGAUUCCGACGAAAAACUCGAUCAGAUGAUUAAAGGUGGGAUGAACAUCCUGCGCCUUAACUUAAGUAUGGGAACUAAAGAAAAAUAUGCAGAAGUUAUUCGUCGAGUAAGAAGUCUAGAAAAAUCAUAUGGUCAUAAUCCAUCUGUUGGGAUAGCAUUAGACCUAUCAGCCCCUCCUGUGCGUACUGGGCUUGUCAACGGAAGUAUUGAUGGUGUUGUAAUCCUUCAAAAGGGUCAGAUGGUCAAGUUAACUAUCGACGACAAGUAUAAAGACAACACAACGAGCUCCAUAAUCUGGAUAAAUUCACAAUAUUUCCCAUCUAUUUUACAUUCUAUUGCAACUGGCGAUCGGAUUUACAUAGAUGAUGGAAUGAUACCUCUAAUUGUUCAUGAUGUCGAAAUAGACAACAUAAAUUGUUCAGUUGAACAAGGAGGUGAGGUUGGAAGUUACAAACGUGUCCAGUUUCCAUGUGAAAGGAUGUACGAAGAGACCUUCGAUAAUAUUUACAAAAGUGAUCUAGAAUUUGCCGUUCAGUGUCAGGUUGACUAUAUUUUUACUGGUUAUACUACUAACGUCAAUCAUAUUAUUCAAGCCAAAAAUAUUUUGGGCAAAGACAUUUUACUCUUUGCCAAGAUAGAAACCAAAGAGUCAUUUAAAAAUUUAGAUGAUAUAAUGACAUACUCUGAUGGAAUCAUCAUUGGACGUGGCAAUCUUAGCUUAUGUUAUCCAAACGAAAGAGUCUUUCAGAUACAAAAACAAAUAAUUGCUAAAUGUAAUAUAUACCAAAAACCAGUGUUCGUUAUAACUCAAUUACUUGAGUCAAUGAGAUUUAAACCACGUGCGACCAGAGCAGAAAUAAGCGAUGUUGCCAAUGCUGUGCUUGAUGGAGCUGAUGGACUUAUACUCACUGUUGAAACUUCUAAAGGAUUAUUUUUCAGUGAAUCGUUAACUGUACUACAUAAGACUUGUCGUGAAGCUGAAUCCACUAUAUUCCAUGAAAGAUUUUGGAUAGAUCUUAAAGCAGCUCGAGAAAUGAGAGGAUUAUCACCAUGUGAUCCAGCAUAUUUUGCAUGUCUGGCUGCUGUUGAAGCUGCUACCACAUCGAAUUCAUCUGCUAUUUUAGUAGUGACUACUUCUGGACACUCUGCUUUAGCCAUUGCCUCAUUUCACCCAUCUUGUCCAGUUGUUGCAAUCAUGAGACGACCUGAAAUAGCACGAAAAUGUCAUUCCAUUCGUGGCAUUCAUCCAUUUGUUUAUACGGGUGAAAAAUUAAGUGAAUGGUCUGAUGAUAUGGAUGCACGAUUGAAUGCAGCAGUGGAUUUUGCCAAAAUGCGAGGUUUCAUUAAUCCUGGUGAUCAAAUUAUUGUAGUUACUGGACAAAAAGCAGGAAGUGGUUCUACCAAUACUGUACGCAUUUGUAAAGUUCCACCAAAAGAUGUUCCUCUCUCUGUUGUUAAAUCACAACCAUCUUUUGCUGUCGAAAAAUUCAUUAUUUGAAUUAAAUUUAAUUCUGGCUUUCGAAAUGAAAAUACAUUUAGUACUUUUUAUGUUUAUCAUUGUCUAUUUCUACUAUCAUCACACUAUAUAAAACAACAUAUUCUGACAUUUUUGUUAAGUUGAAUUCUUGUAUUUUAGUAUUUAAUUCUUUCUAUCUUUAUUAUGUCAUUAUUUUUUAGUUUCUUUUAUUGACAUAAAUUUUGAAAUAGUUAAUGAAUUGGUAGUGCACAA